AUGAAGUCUCUCGCCAUUGUCCAGCUAUUGCUGGCAGCCGGCGUCUCUGCUGGUUUCAGGCGAAACCCGGGCAUGGAAGUUGGUCCAAUCGACGAGUCCACCAUCCUCGAUGCCGCAGACACAAACGGCACAGCUGGUUGGGGCACCUUUGACCAGCUGCUCGAUCACUCCAACCCCGAGCUAGGCACCUUUGCCCAGCGAUACUGGUAUUCAUCCACCUACUGGGAGGGCCCAGGCUCGCCCGUUAUCUUCGUCAACCCUGGCGAGCAGGCUGCGGAUGGGUUCAACGUGACCUACACCACGUUCCAGCGCCUGACCGGGCUCAUGGCUCAGCAAAUGGGCGCUGCCGUGGUCAUCAUGGAGCACCGCUACUGGGGCGAGUCGUCUCCGUUCGAGGUCCUGACCGUCGAGAACCUCCAAUACCUCACCCUCGACAACGCCAUCAAGGACAACACCUACUUCGCCAACAACUUCGAUGCCCCGUUCGAUUCCAGCGGGAAAAGCACGGCCAAGGACGCCCCUUGGAUCUACACGGGCGGAUCUUACCCCGGAGCUUUGGCAGGUUGGAUUGCGUCCAAGGACCCCGGCACGUUCUGGGCCAUCUACGGUACGAGUGGUGUGGUUGAAGCCAUUGGAGACUUCUGGCAAUACUUCGUCCCCGUCCAGGAGGCAACCCCCAAGAACUGCAGUGUCGACUUGAACACUGUCAUCGAGUACGUCGACGGGAUUCUUAUGAACGGGACCCACAAGCAAAAGGCUGCGUUGAAGAACCAGUUUAUGCUCGGGGACCUCGAGGAUGCCGACUUCGCCCAAGCGCUCGAGUACGGCCCUUGGUCGUGGCAGUCAGGUCAAUUCUACUCAGAAUCUAGUAUCGGAUACAACCCCUUCUACCAGUUCUGCGAUUACGUCGAGAACAUGUUCCCCAACUCCACCCACGCCGUUCCCGGUCCCGAGGGCGUUGGCUUAACCAAGGCCCUGGCCGGUUACGCCAAGUGGUUCAAGGAAAUUCAGCUCCCUGGUGCCUGCGAGAGCUAUGGAUAUUUCGAAGGCACCUACAACACUGAAUGCUUCCAGGCGCUGAACGCGUCCAACCCGCUCUACCACGACCUUACGCCCAGCAACGCGGGCAACAGGCAGUGGAACUGGAUGCUGUGCAACGAGCCCUUCGAGUACUGGCAGGACGGCGCGCCCCUCGACCGUCCCACCCUCGUCAGCCGCUUGAUCAACAUUGACUACUGGCGCGCGCAGUGCCCGCUGUGGUUCCCCAAGCCCGGCUACGGCAUCGCCCGCGGCGAGUCCGCCGAGGACGUUAAUGCGUACACCGGCGGCUGGUUCGAGGACCAGAGCAAUGUGACGAGACUCAUGAUGACCAACGGCCAGUGGGACCCGUGGCGCGACUCGACACUCAGCUCCAUCUCCCGCCCUGGCGGACCGAAGGAGAGCACACCCGACUUCCCUAUUCGGGUCGUUGAGCAUGGGACGCACUGCUCUGACUUUUAUGGCCAGAACUGGGCUGUCAACCCUGGAGUGAAGGCCAUUGCGGACGAUGUUGUCGCCAACAUGGCCGAGUGGGUGAAGGAAUUCUAUGAACAAUAG